CACAGGAGUGUGUUAUAAUGUACAGCAGUAGAUCAUUGGUGGCAGGCCAUCAUGGAGGAGGCUGGCCUGCUGAAGGAGAGGCUCCAGGCCAUCACGGACAAAAGGAGAAUCCAGGAGAACAUCGCCAAGAAAAGGAGAGAGAUUGAAGAGGAGAAAUUAAAACUCCAGUACAUAAAGAAGAAGGCCCUGAGGGAGCAGUGGCUGAUGGACGGCCUGAGUCAGCAGCAGGAGGAGCAGGAGGCCAUGAGGCUGCAGGCUGAGGACGAGCAGCAGCAGAGCGACCAGCUGCAGAGCAACAUCCUCAGAAUAGAGAAGGAGAUCGAGGCGUUGGAAACACAGGAGCUCGACAUCUCGGCCAAUGAGGAAGCAGUUCUGAAACGGUUAAAAGAAGUGGAGAGGACGGCUGAGGAUAUAAUAAAGAGAGCUACCUCGAUGGAUUUGGAGGCAGAUGGAAAAGAACUGAACGAAGGUUGCAGCACAGCCGUCACCAUGGAAACCACUGAACAAUCGGAGCCGGCGAUGGACUGUGAAGUGGAGGUCGCAGUGGCUGAUUCACCUGAGCACAGGGAAGAUUGCACUGCAGAUGAUGAGCCUGUUUGCUUAGACACAGACUCAUCAGAUUAUCCAGGGGAAACGGCGAAGCUUGACAAAUUAUUAACUGACCUGCCAACUGGCACAAUUGAGAUUGACAACACUGACUGCCCUGAAACGCCUUGUGAGGCUCCAAAUGAAGCUUUGAUACUGGAAUCAGGGCAUGAAGAGCUCAACAGGAAUGAGUCAAUCAACUCCUCUGUGUCCGACACGCUCUCCAGUGCUGACAGUGUUUAUGAGAACGAGGUACAUUGUAAGAAGCAGGACAUGCCAGAACAAGAACCUGAGCAAGAACAAGUCCCUGAGCCAGAGCAGGAUCCCGAGCCAGAACAAGACGUUGAACCAGAACAAGACGUUGAACCAGAACAAGAAGUUGAACCAGAACAAGACGUUGAACCAGAGCUAGAUGUUGAACAAGCGCAAUUCCCCGAGCCAGAGCAAUACCCCGAACCAGAGCAAUACCCCGAGCCAGAGCAAUACCCCGAACCAGAGCAAUACCCCGAGCCAGAGCAAUUCCCUGAGCCAGAGCAAUACCCCGAACCAGAAGAAGACACUGUACCGGAUUAUUACCCUGAUGAAGACCUAGACCUGGGGCAGUACCCUGAGCCUGAUCAAGACCCUGAACUAGACGAGUACCCUGAGCCGGAGCCAUACCCUGACCUAGAGUUAUACCCUGAACCGGAGCCUGAAGAUGAGGAUAAUAAGCUUUAUCUCGAAGAUGAUGGUUACCCAAAUGUGGCAGUCGGUGCAGAGGAAGACCCAGAGGCCUGUGACAUCCUGUUUGAACCCCCCAUUACAGAGGAGUCGAUAUUAGAGCAAUGUAUUAGAGAAGAUGCAAUGUCAGAUGUUUCCAAUGAGUUCUGCCAUGACCAAGACCCUGAUGAUAUGGACGAAUGCCUGGGAGUUCAGAUUGAAGCCGCUUCCUCAGACAGUGACACCGACGACAAAUGGAGAUCAAUAUUUUCUUCUUCCAUAAAUAAAGAAGAUGAUGACUCAUAUUUGGACAAUCUUGAGCUGAGUGCUCAGGAGCUCUUUGUGCAGAAAGUUGAGGUGACAGACUUUCAGGAGGAAGACACCAACAACAUCGAAGAACUCCAUAUUGAGGUUCCACAAGUGGAAGAAGUUCUGGAACAACCUGAGGAUACUAUUUCCUUUCCUAUUCCUCCACAAGAGGUUAAAUAUAACCCUUUAGGCCUUCAAGGUUUGUCCAAAAUCUCUGAAGACGAGGGCGAAAAUGGAAAAGAUGCCAAUCCUAACCACGCCGCCAAUGAAAAGCACAUCGACGCAGACUCGAACAAGAAGCAACCGAAAGACUUCUGUGUGAUACAGGAGACCAAGAGUAAGAAUGUCAGCACGGAGCAUGUGGACUUCCAGCUGGCUCGAAAACAGUGGCGGGAAAUGGAGGAGCAAACUAAGAACAAGAUCAUCAUCCCUACAACCAAGCACCCCAGCUUUCACGGCAGCCACAGCUUCAUGUACACACCGGUCCGCAACAUUGAAAGAACUCAGAAGAAAGCUUACGAACUGGAGAGCUUGAAUCUGCUUGGCGAUUAUCCUCACACGCAAUUCAGCCCUUGCUCAGAGGAUUCUGGCCUGGAUGAUUCUAGCUACAGGUCCCCGUAUGAUGACCUGGAGACAUCUGUCGAAAGGGAGAUUCGCAUAUCAAUGGAGCGGGAGGAAAACUUCAGGAGAGAAAAGGGCCUCUCCAGGAUGGGCAAAUCCACUGAUUGUGCUCCAUCACGAAGUAUGCCGAGAUCUAUAAGCACUCCACUGACGCCGUCAUUCAUCAUUACCACCUCACCCAGUAAGGAACCACAAAGACACGAAGUAUCGGCAAACAACGUCAUCAUUCUCGACCCAAGAAAUGAUUUCACAUCCAACCUGAGACAUGGCAAAGACAACGGGGCGGCUCAGUCCGGAGAGUGGUGCUCCGAGGACAUCAGCUCCAACGUCAUCAUCCUAGAGACAUCCAACCUGAUUAUCCGAAGUGCCUCCGAUUUCUCACUCAACAAAGCCUGUGAGCAACCCCAGGAGAAGAUGUUCCUUAACAACCCCUUUUUCAAGCUGCGUUCAAGGAGCACAAUGUCGCUGGUGGAUGAAGAGAUUAAGAUGAUGAAGCAGAGGGAGGAAGAGCUCAAGAAAGAGAGGGUGAAUAUGUACGGGAAAGACAGGUUCGAUAACGAAAGGAUAUUGUCAAAUCACAUGGACACGUUGUCGUUUGACAAUCCAGUGAAGUGCAAGUCGUCCCCAUCAUCACCAAUGAAAACGGCCUACAGGAUGGACCGCUCUGCUUUAUCCUGUGAUCACAGAUUUCCAGACCUCUACGCAGGAGGAAGACGCAAGAGUGCUAUGGCUCUGCGCUGGGAGGCGGGCGAGUUUACAAAAAACGAAUGAAGAGGACCAAGUCAACAGUUCGCCAUAUAUGGCCAUCAAUUGUCAUUGUUUUACUCAUACAAGUUGAAUGCAGUGUUGCAAUUGUUUCAUUUUGUGACAAAACCGAAACGCUCUGCUUCUGUGAUGCUUUGGGCAAAAUUGGCAAAACAAUGAGAAUGUUUUUUGUUUUUUUGUUGACAAAAUUCAUAUAAAUCUUCUACAGUUUUAUUCUGAUAACACUAACUUCUGGGCAGAGGGUGUGCGUUGUUUUCCUAAUCCCUUUUGAAUCAAAGCUGCUGCAGGAGAUGACAGUUUAUACUACUUGUUGGAUUAAUAAAAUCAUCUUUAUUACAAUUUCGACAGGAACAAUGCCAACACACAGCUUCCAAGGUAUGAGGAUUUGGAACUGUGGAAAAUGGUGAUUAUCAUGCAAUAAUGUUUAAUAUCGGCAUGCCUCCUGGUGAGCGAUCACCUGCAUAUUAUACCGUUUAAAAAGAAGCACAAAACCUCAAAAAACUGCCAGUAGAAGAAAAAAAUACUUUGAAUAUUGACCUUGUUUUUCUGGGAUAGGAGUAAAGAAAUCUUAAUAUAGUACUCACAUGCCAUAUGUACAUAACACGUUAUUGGUAGCUGUCAGAUACAUUAUAAUUGUAGCUAGGGUACGCUUUGAUAGCACGAAGGUUAGUUGUGAGGGUUAAGGUUGUGUAACUGAACAUUACCAUAUCAUCCCUUAGUAGUUACCUAUUUAGACGCAGAACAGUGCAACUUUAUCAAUCAUUUGAGUGUUUUUAGCUCAAGUUUGGUCGCUUCUAACUUUUCGAAAAAUGUUCUCAUGCAAGCUAGCAUUUCACUUUGCCUGCUGUAAAGUGUUGGACAAGCAGUGAAGACUAGCUUUAAGCUUACGUUAAAACAGAUGCCGACUGCAAAUGAGUUUGAAGAACUCCAUAUGGAAUGAGCAGACUUCAGUUAAACAGAGAGCAAUUUGAAUCCCAUACAGCUUGGCGGCGUUAUAAGGAGUUUGUCUUAAGGCCAGUCUGGAUAAUGAAAGUAAUCAAUGAGUCUAUCUAUGACAUGUGACUACUGUAUUAAGAUAGAAAGAUUGUGAACCUUUCCUUUAUUUAAAGCAACAUUAUGUAGUAAUCGGUGGUUUCAGAGUGCUAGUCAUUAAUAUUGGAAGCUGUUGUGUUAGACAUGCAUUUGUUAUGAUUACCUUACUUAUUAAUAACCAAAAUCUAGCGAGUCGACAUCUUUGCUUACACAGCCAAAACAUCAAGCAACAUCACAAGGCAUAAAGCAUGUUAAUAUUGCAAAGUUAAAAGCUUUCUGUACAUCAAGAGACUUCAUAUAUAACCCACAGGCUGCCACAGCACGAUCAGAGAGAAGAACACAUAUUUUAUAGUUUUAAAACAGUUAUAUAAUGUUGCUUUAAAAGACGAGUAUUUGCUGAUCUGAGAGUUGUUGUUUUUGCUGAGAUGCCUGAAUGUUAGACAAAUGUAAUGUUGACUCCACUCUUUGCUUAACCUUUCUUGACAUUAUAAAUGUAAAUCAGAUUUAAAAACAUAUUUUGAUGUUAUUGUAUGUCUUGAUACAGCAAACGCUAAAUGCUCAGUGUAUAUUAAUUGUAUUUUCGUACAAUGCUUAUUCGCUGCAAAUUAAUAUUUUAAGGUGAGCUAGAUGGGCGUAAAUCAGCACAAUAUGAAGAAUAUAUUAAACCCAUACCUUUAAGUUGAAAAGUAAAAAUCACAUAUUGUUACAUAAAUCAUUUAGAGAGAAUAAAUAUGAAUAUGCAUUUUAGAGUUCAGUUUGUCACACACUACCUGCAGUUAGACAAUCCAAUACGUACAGGUGAAGUGAGCAUUGCUGUCACAGUGCUUUAAACUAGAGGACCAAUGAUAUACAUGCAAAGUGGACUAAAAUCUCAGAGCUUUGGAAAUACAAAAGAAUUACAUAGGUUUCCAAAAGAUAGUAUUUUAUUCUCCAUACAAAAUGACUAUAAAUGAAUGUUCAUUUAUAUACUGUACAGUUAAAGGUGGGGUGGGUAAUUCACGUCAGAAACACUUUUCGUUAUAUUCCAUUGAAAGCUCUUAACAUCCCGAUAGCAAUGAAUAUAUUAAAUGCUUUGACAAUAAAUACAUUA